CCGGAAACCCGUUCUUCCGCGUUUCCACAAACGUCUCAGACCCAAUUCAGCCGCCGUAGGUGGACGGAAAAUGUGUGCGACAGCCAAGUAGAAGCGGUUCUUGGAAGGUGUUAGGUUUAGACUCCUCUUGCUGGCUGGAGAAAAUCCGGGUGAUGUCAACGCAUAGGGUGGACGCCGUGUAAUGUGGACUUAACGGAACAAUUGCCGAGUCUGGUGAGAAUCACCAAAGUAGAAGUAUUUGAGAGUAACCGGGACCCGUCUGUCUGUGGUUGGAGUACCUUGCGGAGGGUGGUCUUUAGAACGAUUAAGAAUUUGUGGAGAUCAGCAACCAAGUCCGGAUCAGCAGGGUCCUGAGUCGUGGGAGCAGCAGGAUCCUUUGCAGGAGGGAGGAGUUAGAGGCUUUGGGGUCAGCAUUUCUGGGGACACGCUUGAGUGAAGACGGAUUUUGGAAGAGGAACUUAGCAGAUCCUGCGGACCGGCGGACAGAGCCUCCCUGUUGCCAGCUCUUUCCAGAGACAGAAGAAGAUGAUCCAGGCCCAGGGAACCCUGACCCUGGAGGAUGUGGCCGUGGACUUCACGUGGGAGGAGUGGCAGCUCCUGACCCCCGCGCAGAAGGACCUGUUCCGGGACGUGACGCUGGAGAACUACCACAACCUGGUGGCCGUGGGUUAUCAAGCCAGCAAAGCUGACAUCCACUCCAGGUUAGAUCAAGGAGAGCAACCAGGGGCGACGGAGGCUGAUACCCACUCUCGCACCCAGUCAGAAAUCUGGAAAGUUGAUGAUCACCUGCUUGAGCACUUACAAAAUGAGAGUGUGGAGAAGAGACGAGAACAAUGGCACAGACACAAUCCACUGGAAAAUUCUGUUCAUCAAAGCAGAACUAAUUUUCUGGUCAGGCAAAAUCAUAUGUUUGACUUACACAGAAAAAGUAUGAAAUCAGAUUUAACUCUACUUCCCCAGAGCAGGGGCUGUGAAAUAAAGAACUCUGCUGAGCUAAGUGGAGAUGGCACAUCCUGUCUCCAUGCUAACAACAAACAGUUUCAUACUGAAAUUAAAUUCCCCCAAAGCCAAAAACUCUUCAGCACUAAGCCCCAAUUCAACGAGCAUCAGAAAACUCAAAAAAUAGAGAAACCUCAUGUAUGUGGUGAAUGUGGGAAAGCUUUCAUCAAGAAGUCUUGGCUCACUGAUCACCACAUCAUUCAUACAGGAGAGAAGCCCCAUCAGUGCAAUCUCUGUGGGAAAGCCUUCUCCCGAAAGUUCAUGCUCACUGAACAUCAGAGAACACAUACAGGAGAGAAGCCUUAUGAAUGCAUUGAAUGUGGCAAGGCCUUUCUCAAGAAAUCCCGGCUCAAUAUACAUCAAAAAACCCAUACAGGGGAGAAACCGUUUAUAUGUAGUGACUGUGGGAAAGGCUUCAUCCAGAAGGGGAAUCUCAUCGUACAUCGUCGGAUUCACACAGGCGAGAAACCUUACAUAUGCAACGAAUGUGGAAAAGGCUUCAUCCAGAAGACAUGCCUCAUAGCUCAUCAGAGAUUUCACACAGGAAAAACUCCUUUUGUGUGCAGUGAAUGUGGAAAAUCCUGUUCCCAGAAGUCAGGUCUCAUCAAACAUCAGAGAAUUCACACAGGAGAGAAACCUUUCAAGUGCAUUGAGUGUGGGAAAGCCUUCACUACAAAGCAAAAGCUCAUUGUCCAUCAAAGAACUCACACUGGAGAGAGACCCUAUGUCUGUAGUGAGUGUGGGAAAGCUUUUGCCUACAUGUCUUGCCUUGUUAAACAUAAGAGAAUACACUCAAGAGAGAAAGGUGGAGCUUCAGUCAAGGUGGACAGUCCUCUCCCAGAGCAUCACAGCUCCCCACAGACUAGCGCUGCCAUACAAGAGAAAAGCCUUGUUAAUUCGGUGACUAUGCAUCUGCCUUCUGUGGCCCCUCAGGCAUCAGUGAACAUCAGUGGGCUCCUAGCAAAUCAGAAUGUCAUCAUAGUGGGACAGCCUGUGGCCAAGCGUGCACCUGCCAGAGAUAAUGGAGGGUUUGCACAGGAGAGAAGCCUCAUGAAUGCUGUGAAUGUGGUUGUGCCCCCAGUGGUCAAUUAUGUCUUAUUUUAUGUCACAGAAAGCCAGUCGGAAAGAAACUCAGAGACACAUUAUGUAUACGGAGCAGGACCAGUCGUAGCAGUUCACGGAAGGCGUCAGGUGGCGGUGACGUUCAUCGUAGUGUCUGGUUCAGAAUAUGUGUGCCAGGGCCUGCCCUCACCUCCUAAUGUACAGCGUCGGGCGCUGUCGCUUAACUCCCCUGACAUAAGGAACACUUUGCUCAUUAUCUAUCCCUCCAGCAAGGCUUUCUUGGCCAGCGGGAGGAUCUUGUGGGGCCACAAGCACAGGGCCCUGAGCAGUGGGUGGGCAUCGGAGGAAGGGGGCCCCCUGGGGGCGCAGUGGCGUCUGGCCCCGGAGAUAAUGUGCCUUCGGCUUAGCUUUUCUCCUCACCCCCAGGUCCUGAGUCGUGGGAGCAGCAGGAUCCUUUGCAGGAGGGAGGAGUUAGAGGCUUUGGGGUCAGCAUUUCUGGGGACAUGCUUGACUGAAGACGGAUUUCGGAAGAGGAACUUAGAGCAGAUCCCGAGGACCCGAGGACAGAGCCUCCCUGUUGCCAGCUCUUUCCAGAGACAGAAGAAGAUGAUCCAGGCCCAGGGAACCCUGACCUUUGACGAUGUGGCCGUGGACUUCACGUGGGAGGAGUGGCAGCUCCUGACCCCCGCGCAGAAGGACCUGUUCCGGGACGUGAUGCUGGAGAACUACCGCAACCUGGUGGCCGUGGGUUAUCAAGCCCGCAGCGCAGAUGUGCUCUCCAGACUGGAUCGAGGAGAACCACGGCCGGUGGAGGCUGACAUCCACGCUCACACCCGAGCAGAAACCUGCAAAGUUGAUGAUCACCUGCUGGAGCACUUCCACCACGAGAGCAGGGAGAAGAUCCUAGAACAGUGGCACAGACACACCCCCCUGGAAAAUUCUGUUCCUCAGAGCAAAGCUAGUUUUCUGUUCAGGCCAAAUCAUGAUACAUCUGACAUCCAUGGAAACAGUAUGAAGUCAGCUUUACCUCUCCCUCCCCAGAGCAGGAGCUGUGAAACAAAGAAACCCGCUGAGCUAACUGGAGAUGGGACACCCUGUCUCCAUGCUCACAGUGAACAACUUCGCCCUGAGAUGAAAUUCCAAAGUCAAAACCUCAUCAGCACUAAGCCCCCAUUCAACAAGCAUCAGAAAACUCAGAAAAUCAAGAAAUCUCACGUGUGCGGUCAGUGCGGGAAAACGUUCAUCAAGAAGUCUUGGCUCACCGAUCACCAGAAUCUCCAUACAGGAGAGAAGCCCCACCGGUGCAAUCUGUGUGGGAAAGCCUUCUUCAGGAAGUUCAAGCUCACUGAGCAUCAGAGAACCCACACAGGGGAGAAGCCUUAUGAAUGCACGGAAUGUGGCAAGGCCUUUCUCAAGAAAUCAGGGCUCAACGUACAUCAGAAAACCCACACGGGGGAGAAACCAUUCGUAUGCAGUGACUGUGGCAAGGGCUUCAUCCAGAAGGGGAAUCUCAUGGUCCAUCAGCGGAUUCACACUGGCGAGAAACCCUACAUAUGCAACGAAUGUGGGAAAGGCUUCAGCCAGAAGACGUGCCUCACGGCGCACCAGCGAUUUCACACGGGAACGACGCCCUUCGUGUGCGGCGAGUGCGGAAAAACGCUUUCCCAGAAGACGGGUCUCAUCAAGCAUCAGAGGACUCACACAGGAGAGAAACCCUUUGAAUGCCGUGACUGCGGAAAAGCCUUCAUCGAGAAGCCUCAGCUCGUCAUCCACCAGAGAAUCCACACGGGGGAGAAACCCUAUCGAUGCAGCGACUGCGGGAAGUCAUUCAGAGGGAAGUCGGUCCUCAACAAGCACCAGAAAACUCACUCGGUCAAGGUGGAACAUGGCCCCGCAGGGGGUCACAGGGCAUCCCAGAGCAGCGUGGUCCUCCAGGAGAAAAGCCUCAAUACGGUGACAAUGCGCCUGCCUCCCCUGGCCCCUCAGCCGUCUGUCCACAUCAGCGGGCUCCUGGCGAGUCGGAAUGUGGUCCUGGUGGGACAGCCUGUGGCCAGAUGCGCCCCUGCCGCGGAUAACAGAGGCUUUGCCCAGGACAGAAAUCUCGUGAGUGCGGUGAAUGUGGUUGUGCCUUCAGUGGUCAAUUAUAUUUUAUUUUAUGUCACAGAGAACCAGUAGGAAGAAACUCAGACAUUCUCUGAGGAAAGGGACCGAGCACAAACCUGUAGCUCGUGUGUGGCUGAAAAGUAUAUACUGAGAGAAAUUGUGUAAAUGAUGAGAUGGGGAACGUGUGUUGUACACUCAUCCUAGUAAACAUGUGCAUUGAUUGAAACCUGUUGAUCACAUAUUGAUACAGAAGCAUAAUCUGCUGUGAACCCACACACAUCAGUUGCUGUAUUGUGUCAAAUUAAAUAAAUGAGGAUGCCCCAGUUGAACUAGGUGGAGGAAUAAAGGUGAAGAGUUUU